CUCUAUCCUUUCGGCUGCACACGGCAGAAAAGUUCCAGUCGCACAAUUUUUCACCUCGCUAAGAUGUAGGCUAACGUUCUUGCUUGUUGUGUGUAUUCUUCGGGCGGUGUAAAUUGCUAUCAAGGUGGUACUUUCUAAAAUACCGAGUUCUACCGUUGAGCCUGUCCGUGCUGCUGCAGGCGGACCAAGGAACGACCCAACGGAAGUGUUUUCUCGAAACACCGUCGCAGGUCGACCUUGCAAAGUUUUGAACAAAGCGAACCUUGAAAAGUGAACAAACGGUGAAAAUGCGUUUAAUCGAUAAAGUUUGGGACGUGGUGACGGUGCCUGUGUCUCCCAAAUAUUUGCGAAUAUCGACCAUCCUGAUUGCCAUCUACAAAGUGCUCGUCGCUCAUGUGCUGCUGUUUAUAAUGCUGCUCGGGCUGGCCCAUGCCGAAGAGAUGAUCGCAAUCCUUGAGGUGGACAUCGCCGAGCAGAAGGAGCGCGAGGAGUAUGUUUACAUUCCCACCAAUGCCAAAGGCGAGACAAUGAAUCAGCUGCGUUUCAAGUCGGCUGCCAAUCUAGCCUCGAUUACUCUUUGCAUGCUGUACAUUGGGACCACCUUGGCUGCAAUUUUCGUCCUUAGCUGUCUCGGGCUGCUGAUUGGAACACUGAGAAACAGGCACGAGUUUUUCAUUCCAUGGAUGGUAGUCGAUUUCUUCGGGACGCUUAUCUCCGCCUCGAUUAUGAUUGCGGUUGGAUACCAUAAGGUUGGCUACUGUAUCAUCGGGAAGUGGCAAUACUGGGCCUUCUGCGUCGUCAUGACCGCGUUCAACAUCGUCAUCUGGCUGGUGGUCCGAAUGUUCUACAAGAACCUCGUGCACAUGACCAAGCUGCGGGAGGUUGCCGUUGUGGCCAUUCCGUGUCCCUCGCCCGGAGCCGGGAAGCAGAUCCCGUACCACUACUGCAAGGAGAACAUGCAUCUCAGCGAUGGCGGAUUGAAGCACAUUUUGUUCGAUUCGAACGAGGCGAAUUACUUAGUUUAGAUUGACUCUUGGUGAAGGAGAAGGGAGAAAAAAGAACAGAAAUACAGUGUGAUUAGCGCAAAAUUUGUGAAAAUGCAUCAGUCUGACAAAACGGUUGGAUAGUUAUCAUAAAAGCGUACAUCUAAUGGUAUUUAAAGUCGAUACUAGUUUCAUUGGUAGUAUUUGACACACAAUGUAGAUUCAGUAAUAUGACAACAAAAUUAUCAGUAAAGAAAACAUAUUGUAUUCAAUGCCUUAAAUAAAUUCUCUUUAAAUCUUAAAA